CACCGUGGAGACGCGAAGUGCAUUGUGGGUCUGCCGCUACAGGAUGGAGCUACCCGUGUUAUUCAUGAAGUAGCUGCAGAUGCUAAUGAUCGUGCCAUGCUGGUGUGUGAUUCCCUUGGACCUAAUAUCGUAGUAAAGACAACAUAGCAGCAACAAUGGAUGCCUCUGAAGCAGAAGCUUCAGCCCAGAGCGACAGGAAAGAGGACAGUGCACCAUCGGGUCAGGGAGCAGAUGGACCAAAGCCAAAGAAGGCAUCUUUAAAAAGGACCAGAGACACAAAAGCAAAAAAGACAAAAAAGGCCCGAGUCUCCAGACCUGCCCCGCUCGGUUACACUGUCCAUCAAGGGGAAGAUAUGCUUCUCGUUAUAUCGAGCAGCACUUCUCAGUACGACGGCUCGGCCUGGAUGCCCAAAAAGAAGGGCGGCAAAAAGAAGAAGAAGGCAGCGAAGGGAAAGUUAAAAGCCAAACAAGUUAAGAAAAAAAAGACAGUCCGUGCCAAACCGAAACUGGAAAAUAAACCAGUUACCAAGGAAGAAGAGGACGUGGAUUUGUUUGUGGCUCAGGCAGAAGGUGACCAGAGAUGGAGCCAGAGUCUGCCUGAGGAGGUGCUCAUCAGCAUAUUUCAGAUGGUGGUCAUUCAGGAAGGAGCUGUACCAUUUCUGUGCAGAGUGGGCAGAGUGUGUCGUCUGUGGAACGCUGCCGCCUCCAGCCCGGUUCUGUGGCGUAAAGUGACCGUGGGUCACUGCUGGAUCGCACCGGGGAGGACCCAGCUGCCCAAAACAGAGCGCAAGAUCAAGGACACUGUAAGCUGGCUGGCAGCACACAGAUUCUCCCAGCUCAGAGAUUUCUCUUUGUGUCACUGGACAAAGAAUGUUGACUUUGCAUUAGAGACAGUUUCACAGUUCUGCCCUCACCUUCGCUCCCUGAAACUCUCCUACUGCACGGGAGUGACAGCGAAGGCCUUCCAGAGCCUCGGUCUGCACAGCCGCUCUCUGCACAGCCUAAACCUGCAGUAUUCAGAGUUUCAGGUGGAAGGACUCCUGGACUACCUUGACGAUCACGGCGGCCAGAUCAGGCAGAUGCUGUUCACUCAUGGAAUGAAGAACGACAGACUUCUGACUGCGAUCACCAGGGGAUGCUGUCCGGAUCUGGAGCUGCUGGAGGUCAACACCAAGCUUGACAGUAAAGACUGUGAACUUCCUGUUUGCAUCCAGGCUCUGCAGAUAUCCUGCCCGAAACUCAAGACUUUCCGGAUGCUGAACGUCAGACCUCUGCACAAGACGAUGCGUAACGCCGCUGAUUUAACAGCGGGCUUCCCGCUGCUGGAGGAACUCUGCAUCGCCACCACAUCUUACUCCUACAUGACCGACAAAGACCUGCUGGACAUUCUGUUUGGCUCCAGCCGGCUGCGAGUGCUCGACCUGCGAGGCUGUUCGAGGAUCACACCGUCUGGUCUGGCACUGCUACCCUGCCUGGAGCUCGAGUGUCUGUUCUGGGGUCAGUAUUUCAGCAGCCACAUUGGUUUGUCGCCCAAGAAGGGCCUUCACAUGGUGACCCAGAAGUGGAGUCAGACGCUGCAGCAGCUCGAUAUCGCCAACCAGCUCUUCCCGGAGGACGACUUGGAGCUGGCGAUGAGCUACCUCGCUCAGGCGACGGAGGCGGACACGCUGCGUUCGCUCAACCUCAGCGGGACCAGGAUCACUCCUCAGGCCCUCAGGUCAGUCGUCGGACAGAUGACCGCUCUGGACUACCUCAACCUUUCAUCGUGCCGCUACCUUCCGAGAGGAGUGAAGAGAAUUUACCGAGGCCAAGAAGACAUUCGCCAGCUGCUGGACAAACUGGAGUAGCUCCAAAAAUCACACAACAAAUUCACAAGACGGACGUACAUGUCCUGAUAUGAAGUCAUGUGGGUGCUGUACCCUCAGGUUCUUUUGUAAAUGUUUUACAUGUGUACAUUUGGUUCAAACUUGACUCUUCAUUUACAACCACUUGCUUGGAAGCAGAAAACAACAGUUCGUGAGAACACCUGUUUAAUAACACCGUCCCAAUGAGUUCAGAAGCUCUGGUUAUUUUGAAACACACCAGUUCCUAGUAGUACUGGUAACACAGCGCGACUCGCUGGAUGCAUUUAUAAAGAUCAUCUUGAUCGCAAAGCUACAGUGACAAUAAUUUGUAUAUAUUAGAAAGUCUUUGGGUAUAACGUUUGCCUUUUUUUCUACUUUUUUUUUUGUACUACAAAAAUCAGCAACAACUGAAAUAACUAACAAUAAUAAUUCAUCAAGAAUUAUUUUAAAUCUGAAAUAAAGAUUCAGUUUGUCACUACAAUAAA